GUCGGUUCUCGUCAAGUCAUUCUCUUGAAUCAUGUCUGGUCGUGGUAAAGGCGGUAAGGGAUUGGGAAAAGGAGGAGCCAAAAGACAUCGAAAGGUUCUUCGUGACAACAUCCAAGGUAUUACGAAGCCAGCUAUCCGUCGUCUCGCUCGUCGUGGUGGUGUGAAGCGUAUCUCUGGCUUGAUCUACGAGGAGACUCGUGGUGUUCUCAAGGUGUUCUUGGAGAAUGUGAUCCGUGACGCUGUUACAUACACAGAGCAUGCGAAGAGGAAGACUGUGACGGCUAUGGAUGUUGUGUAUGCAUUGAAACGCCAAGGUCGUACUUUGUACGGUUUUGGUGGUUAGUUAUCUCAGCGUGUGUGGGUGGAUGUUUUGUGACCAGUGAGUGGUCCGCACGAGAACGAAUCAAGGUCCUUUUUAGGACCACCACAUUUUGGUUAAUCAAUGUUGUUCAGCUUUUCUUUUUCUUCGCGAGGGUUUGUGUUUAUGGGGGGAGUGAGUGGG